CCAUGCGCUCGCUCAUUGGUCUGCGCGCAAUGGCAGCGAGCGCGCCGCAGUCGCCGUGCAAAGAUGGGCGCGAGGAGCAGACAAGUUUCAACUCCGCACAGAUGCUACUUUCUUGGAUCUCAUGAUUGCUCCAACGGGAAACGCUAAGAGGUCUGCCAAAGGUGUGGGCGGGACAUGGCGAUGCUUAGCCAAGCAGAGCAGCCAUGGUGGAACGUAUCGGACGAACGCAACGGCAGCGCGUCGGACGGCCGCAGCGGCGAGCGCAACUACUACGCCAUGCUCUACUCCCUCCUCAUCCUGGCCAUUGUGUUUGGCAACGUGCUGGUGUGCCUGGCCGUGCUGAGGGAGCGUUCGCUGCAGACCACCACCAACUAUCUGGUGGUCAGCCUGGCCGUGGCCGACCUGCUGGUGGCCUCGCUGGUCAUGCCCUGGGCCGUCUACCUGGAGGUGGUCGGCGGCGCCUGGCUUUUCAGCCGUCUCUACUGUAACGUCUUUGUCACGCUGGAUGUGAUGAUGUGCACCGCCAGCAUCCUCAAUCUGUGCGCCAUCAGCAUCGACAGGUACACGGCGGUGGUGAUGCCCAUGUUGUACAACACGACGCAGCGCUCUCGCAAGAGAGUGUUUGCCAUGAUCGCCACGGUGUGGGUGCUGGCCUUCGCCGUGUCCUGCCCCUUGCUGUUUGGCUUCAACACCACAGACGACCCCAUGGUGUGCUCCAUCUCCAACCCCGUCUUUGUGGUGUACUCGUCGGUGGUGUCCUUCUACCUGCCCUUCGUGGUCACGCUGCUGGUCUACAUUCGCAUCUACGUCUUCCUUCGCAUGAGGAGGAAGAGGAUCGCCUUCAGCCAGGCCAGCGCGAAAGUGCAGCCCAGCUCAACGCCACCUUCUGUGGAGACUUGUCUGCAGGACGACCCGCCCAAGACCAACCAUGACCUUUCACCUAUAAGGAUCAAAGUGCAGUGCGUGGAGGCCCCGGGCCCGUCCAAGUCCGACCUGCUGUCGGGAUGUCUGUGGCGAAAGCGCCCCAAAACGCGACCGGUGGAGAACGCGGCGCUGCCCCCGGUGGACUUGCAGAAUUACUGCAGCAUAAGCCACGCCUCCUGCGGUCGCACCGAGUUGGACGUGGAGCGCAAUGAGGCGGUGCCGGUGUCCGGGAGCAGUUUGGCGAGGGUGGCGGAGAACAGCCGGCAGGCGUCGCUGGCCAAGAAAGUUUCCAACGGACGCACGCACAACACGCUGCGGCCACUCAACAACUACAACCCCCGAUUCAGGAGCAUGCACGCCCGUGAGAAGAAGGCCACUCAGAUGUUGGCCAUCGUGCUCGGGGUGUUCCUCAUUUGCUGGCUGCCUUUCUUUGUCACGCACAUCCUCAACACGCACUGCAGAAGGUGCUGGGUCCCGCCGGGCCUCUACAGCGCCUUCACUUGGCUGGGCUACGUCAACAGCGCUCUCAAUCCCAUCAUAUACACCACCUUCAACGUGGAGUUCCGCAGGGCCUUCAUCAAGAUCCUCAGCUGCUGAGAAGAGAGAGAAAAAGACUGAAAAACUCACUUUUUCUCCCUGGCUGCGGACAAAGUGGGAUUGUUUUUGCAUCUCCUUUCCGGAAAAAGGGCUGCGGUGCGGCAUGGAUGGGGACGAGUUUUUGUGGACGCCCAGCAGUGUGUGGACUGACUCGUGUCACGCACAUAUUGUCCCAUCCUACAGUGCAUGCAAACCAGCAAAACAACGCUGGAAUAUCAAAUGCGGAGGACGUUUUUUUGACUUAGACCACCAUCUUAUUAAAAAAAACAAUAACAUCAGAUUUCAUUUAAGUGUUGUAAAUAAAGACAUCAUUCCACACGCACGCUGUGAAGUUACUCACACGCUAAUAAUGACGUGAGAAGAAGCGGGAACGGGAGGGAAAUAGAAUGAAAACAGAAAAAAAAAAAUGGGAUCGGUACUCUCCUCUUGGCAAGGGAGUGGAAUCAA